AUGACAACCAAAGGCGGGAGCGCGAUCAAGGACGAUAGCAGCAGUCCGCGACGCAACCGUGCCGAUCUACUGCAACCCGAGUUCGCACCGCAUCCACCUGUUGAGCCUCUCGGCCACGAUCUGUUGCACGGCCCUGCGCUGCAAGACCACAUUGUCGUGAUUCUGGGUGUCGGACCGGGACUGGGAAUCUCGAUCGCCCAAGUGUUUGCGCAACGCGGCUACAUCACAGCUAUCCUAUCGCGCAGCAAGCAGCGGCUCGAAAACUGGGCUGAUUCACUCCACGAAACUGCGCUUGCCUUUCGUAAGGCCAACAAGAUCCCUGUACGAGCAGAAAGGCUUUCCGCAGCGUUCGCAUGCGAUGCACUAGACAACGAUAGUAUCACCACCACCAUCCAGCAAGUAUGCGACUAUUGGCCCGAUAAGAAUCUCGGAACAGCUUGCUACAAUGCCUCGAUCCGAAAGCGCGGACCGUUCUUAGAACAGAGAUUGGAUCAAGUCAAGGAUGGUGUUCAAGGCUCGAUCCUCGCCGGUUUCACUUUCGCACAGGCUACGUUGAGAAAGUUCGAGCAACACGGACACGGUGCAAACUUGAUCGUGACUGGCGCUACGUCGUCGACCAGAGGUAGAGAAGGGUUUGCUGGAUUCGCAGCUAGUAAAUCCGGCCUCCGAGCGCUCUGCCAGUCGGUGGCUCGCGAAUAUGGUCCCAAGAACAUCCACGUGAGCCACGUCAUUGUCGACGGCCUCAUCGAGUCCGAUACCGCGCUCGAAUACCUCGGCAUGCCCAAAGGAAGCCGUUUCCGCGAUGGCUCUGCCUUGUUGCCACCUCAGAUGGCAAAGACCUGGCUGUUUCUCGCUCAACAGCAUCCGUCCGCAUGGACUUUCGAGAUGGACCUGCGUCCUGCUCGUGAGCAUUGGUAG